AUAUCUUGCUGCUAAAUGAUCAGUGAAACAUGUUGCAAAAUAGAUAUUUUUCUCGCCAGCCAAUGCUUAAAUUUCUAAACAAGGAUCCUGCAAUGGAACACAUACAUGAUACUUACUAUACAUUUUUAGCAACACAAAAUUUUUGCAGGGCACAGAAGAAUGGACAUUCAAUCAAAUUCAGUGAUUUGUCAAGCACUGUGUUGGAUUCGUCAAAAUUUGAUGGAAGAAGCUUCGUGCAGGCCGUUUCAGAAGGCUGCAAGAUUGCCAUAAAUGGGUAGCCAAGAAUUCCGCAGGCAACACAUGCCUUCGUAUAUGUAUCUGGACGAAUACUCCCUCUCCCACUCCAUCAAGCUCUUGGCCACCACUAGGUCGCCCCAGCUCUUCCACUCCCUCCAUUGCUUCAUCAUCAAGCUCGGAUUCUCAAGCUCUGUCGUCCUCCUCACCGGCCUCAUCGACUUCGCCUUCAAAUGCGGCGCCUUGGGUGACUCCCACAAGCUGUUCGACGAUUUGCCCCACAGGGAUGUCGUCGCUUGGACUUCCAUGAUCGUCGGCCACGCACGCCACGGCAGCUACGAUAACUCCUUUUCCUUCUUCAAGAAGAUGCUGGCUAGCUGCACAUCCCCCAAUUGUUACUCUUUCUCGGGUGCUUUGACCGCUUGCUCCGGCGUCGGAGUCGAUGCCUUGGCCUACGGCAAGCAGAUCCACGCUCAAGUGAUUACGUCUAGCUUCUCCGGCCCUAUCAAUCCUGUCGUUUACAAUGGUUUGCUCGACAUGUAUUGCAAAUGCCACUGUCUCUCGUAUGCCCGGAAACUGUUCGGUUCAAUGCCUGUGAGAGGCCUCAUUGCUUGGAACUCGAUGAUGUCUGGUUUUCUCCGCUCUGGGCAAGCCGAAGAAGCUUUGGAGCUGCUGGUCUUCAUGGUUAAUUAUGGUGUGAGGCCUUGUGACUUCACCUAUGCUAUUUGCAUUGAUGCAUGUGCUAGUUUGGCCUCGAUUAACCAGGGAAAGCAGCUUCAUACUUUGGUUGUCAAGAAUGGAUUCGAUUCGGAUUUGGUUAUUCGAAACAGUUUGUUGGAUAUGUACGCGAAGUGUGGCUGCAACGGAUCUGCAAAGAUCAUCUUUGAAAUGCUGCCUUCGAGGGAUCCAAUCCUUUGGACCGCUAUGAUUUCCACCUACGGGAAGUCGGGAUGCAUCAGUGAUGCGAUUAGGAUCUUCGAACAGAUGACUGAAUUGAAGAUUAAGCACGAUGAGAUUACGUAUCUUGCGAUUUUAUCUGCCUGCAGCCAUGCAGGACUGGUGAAUGAAGGCUGGCACUAUUUCAGACUCAUGUCUGAAGAAAAACACACUGUUGCUGCUCGGUCUGAACAUUACGGAUGCAUGGUUGAUCUCCUAUGUCGAAGUGGACGAUUGGAGGAAGCUCUCGACUUCAUUAAACAAAUGCCUUUUGAACCCGGCAUCAGUGCUUGGAGUGCAUUACUUAGUUCUUGUUGGAUUUAUGGGAACACUAAGCUUGGUGAGUUCGCCGCUUCUCAGCUACUAAAGAUGGAUCCAGAGUUCGAGAGCAAUUGGGUCAUUACCGGCAAAAUAAGGGGAAGCAUGAAAGAUGAGAAUGUGAAAAAGCAGCCAGGUUGCAGUUGGAUCGAACUCGGUGAUGGUGUACAUGUCUUCCAUACGGCUGAUAGGUCUAUUCCUUGGUUGGGUGAGAUCCUCUCGACUCUGGAUACUCUGAAAAAUGAUACAAUUAUUCCACAUUUCGAAUGGACAGGAGAUUAUACCCGUCAAAUUGAGUUGUUCCUUGGUUGAUGUUCUUGAGUGGAUUUUUCGAUAUGGCAACUAUAAAAGUUGAAUAACAAGUAUUUAGCCAAUGAAUGUAAUAGUUGAAUUGCAAAAUGUUUAUUGGUAUGCCAUUCUUUCUUUACAUA